GUAUCUGCAAAACGUUUCUCUUCUCCCACAAUGCACUCGUCUUAUUUCCUCUCCCAUGAUUCAAAGCGGUCUGAAUGGUCGAGCAUUAGGCAAGAUGGCGGACAGACCAGUGCCCGUGACCGAGAAGAGGCUGCUUGAUGUCAAGAUGGGAGAGCUCCCAUCCUGGGUCUUUUCAAGGGACUUCACGCCCAACGGAAUCCUUUCCUCUAUCCGCAGAGGGCACGACAGAUAUUACAAUAAGUACAUCAACGUGAAGAAGGGUGGAAUCGGCGGCGUUGCCAUGUUACUAGCUGGUUAUGUAGCCUUGAGCUACCUCUGGGAGUACGACCACAUAAAGCAUGACCGUUGGAGGAAGUACCAUUGAACCCCACCCACUCUGCUGACAGUGACCUCAGGUUCUCUUGCCACACCUGUAUGCUUUCUGCUUUGUGUGAAGUAUACCUGUGACCAAUAAAAUUUAAUCACCCCAGUGA